CUAAUGACUUGCUUACUACUGACGCAACAACGGAAUAUGCCGAGUAUCUGUAUCUCAAAGAGAAACUGGAAACCGCGCUCGACCGCGUAAUCUCUAUACGCACGCAGACGCUGGCGUUGAUAGAGCACGCGAGUCAUUCACACGAAAGAUUCGGUCUUGCUUCAAAGAUGAAAAUGACAUGCGCCGUAUUAGCCAGGAAAGGCGCACAAUCACGAUUAAGAAUGGCAGGAAUGUUGAUUUGGGGACGGAUCGCUUCUUUCUGGAUAUCAGGCAUUCUCAAAGUGGAUUAUCGAAGAUGAUGGCGGUGUGUGAGCAGCUGGUCCUGAUUAUUUCACGUUCAGCCAUUUUUUCAAGCGCGCAGCGGAGCAGAUGUUGCUAUGGUUUGCUCACCCGCGUUUGCCCAGAUCGGAGCGGAAACUGAUCCGUUGGCGUGGUCCGGACCGUCCGGAUAAUGAUCCCAGUCCAGUUAUCAUCCCGUGCCUAUGCUUUCGGUCGUCACAGACACCCACUGAACACAUGCGCAUCCUGCUAGAGGCGCUCAACGACCAGUGUCCGGCCGUUAGUCAGCGGGUGUUCAAAAAGGUCAAAACUAUACAUGCGCGAUGGGUGCAAACGGUAGCCUAUCCGGAUCAGUGGAACAGCAUUGCCCUCUUUCUGUACCUGUUCAACCAUCUGCGCCCUGGUGAUGCACCAAAGGAAUGGGAUACGCUAGAUCUUCGCCAGUUGGACAUCGCUGAACUGAGCCCAAUCACAUUUGCAGCUCUGGAUGGAUGCUUCAACGAUGAGCCGGAUGACGACUUUGGUCAUGACGAGGAUGGCGGUUUAUUGCAGUGGCUAUUUAGUUAG